AUGAGUGAGGGCGGGCCACCAAUAGGUUCUUUGGAGGAUUUCUUGUGUUUUGUAUCAUCUGGGGUGUCCUGUGGUAGGGGAAUCAAUGAGAUCCUGUCAAGGUUUGAUGUUCUUGGGAGGAGUACGCUUGUCUGUGGAUGA